AGUCAGUUCUGGCGCUUUGACGCGUACGCGCUUCUCUCCGGUGAUAAUUUGCCGAUUUUCCGUCGCUGUCAGAUAUUUACUUUCCGAGAAACCUGUGGAAAACUCCGGGAAAACUCUUGUGAAAGUCUCAAAUCUAUCUAUGCAGUCACUAAAGCAUGUUGAUGAAUUUGUGAGCGUAUGAAAUGUGUUAAAAAAAUCUAAUAAAAAGUGUAGUGUUUGAAAUCUUCUCCUUAUAAACUUUAUAUAAUAUACUUAUCUCAUGUCAUAGUCAUAUUUUUUAUUCUUCUCAAUACUUUUUCCAUAAUAUGAACUGGAAUAUUCAAUUACGAUGUGCUAGUUUAUAAUGAUGUAUAUAAUGCGUUGAUAAUAUGCAGUGAAGCGUCAUCAUAGAACAUUAAACGGAUGUAAUACUGGAGAGUCUUGAAUAUACUGUUGGAAUAAGGGAUGUCUCCUAACAUGUUCAAGGGCUCGUUGGCUGUGCUUCUGCUGCUCAUCUCUGCUACGCUUGGUGAACCUUCCAUUCUUCUUGAAGAAGCAGAGAUAACAACAGCAGUAACGGCCACAACUGGCGGAAACGCCAAACUGCCCUGCAACCUGACACCACCGUCAAGUCAGGACAGGGUGUCUCUGGUCAUCUGGUACAAGGGUGACAGCAAAAUGCCCAUUUACAGUGUGGACGUGCGCGGGAGGGCGCUGGAGGUGGCCAGCCACUGGGCUGACGACAAAGCACUGAGUGGCCGCGGACGCUACAUGGCAGAUCCACCCAUGUCCUAUCUCAUCCUGGAGGGCGUCAACGAAGCCGACGCCGGAAGCUUCAAGUGUCGCGUCGACUUCCGCUUCUCACCUACGCGCAACUCCUUUGUCAAUCUCACCGUCAUAGUACCUCCAAGGAAGCUGACACUCUUGGACUCGAAUGGAGGAAGCCUGCAAACUUCCUACAUUGGUCCGGUUAUGGAGGGGUCUGGCGUCCAACUCACCUGCAUUGCUGUUGGAGGUCGUCCGCCGCCGCGGGUGAGCUGGUACCGUGACGGGGUGAUGGUGGACGACACGGACGAGACACUGUCGGAACGACGUGUGAAGAACGUGUUAAUCAUCGAGCGAGUGGAGCGACGUCACCUCGGUUCGCUGCUCACGUGUAAGGCCUCCAACACAGACACCAUCGAACCACUCUCCACCACGGUCACCAUCGAUCUGCAUUUGCGGCCAUUAGAAGUGAGCAUCCUGGCUGAGAAGGGCCCACUAAGUGCGGGACACGAAUAUGAAAUUCCCUGUCAAACAUUUGGAUCGCGACCAACUCCCGUCGUAACGUGGUGGAAAGCUGGAAGGAAAAUUCAAUCCAACAUAAGGGAGUCUGUAAGCUCGGAUGGAAACGUAACAAUAAGUAUGCUAAUUUACGUACCAAAAAUAGAAGAUUCCGGACAAGUGAUAUCGUGCCGAGUGAUGAACUCUCAUUUCCCAGCUCAGGUCAUGGAGGACUCUCUCACCUUGAACAUUCAUUAUGCACCAGUGGUAAGUCUGGAAUUGGGAAGUAGCUUAAACGCCACUACAAUAAAAGAGGGAAUGGAUGUUUACUUUGACUGUUCAGUUCAAGCAUAUCCUUGGAUUCGUCGGCUGUCCUGGCUCCACAAUAAUGAAGACGUGGAAAAUAAUGCAAGUUUGGGUCGCAUUAUCACUAAUCAAACAUUGGUAUUACAAGCGGUAACACGAAAGGCAGCAGGACGUUACUCUUGUAAAGCAUCCAACUCUGAAGGAGAGACUGAGAGUAAACCAUUCAAUCUUGACAUUAAAUACGAGCCGCAAUGUAAGCCGAGCCAGCAGAAGGUGUAUGGCGCAGCCAGGGGGGAAGAGAUCUCCAUAACUUGCGGUGUUGAUGCAAAUCCCCCCGCACUGUGGUUUCGCUGGAUCUUUAACAACUCGGCUAUAAGAACAAAAACCAUAGAAAGUUUCGAGGCGGGAGGGGGGCGCAGUGUGGCUGCUUACAGACCCGUGCAGGAGUCUGACUACGGCACCCUGCUCUGUUGGGGCAGGAACACCCUCGGAUCUCAGCCGGUGCCAUGCGUAUUUCACGUUGUGCCUGCAGGCAAACCGGACGCUCCGCACAACUGUUCGGCGACAAACAAAAGCCAGACCUGGCUGCAGGUGCGCUGCUCCAAAGGCUUCGACGGCGGUCUGCCACAGGUGUUCUACAUGGAGGUUACUCAGGCCACCACCUCCAUCACCACCUCCACCUCCACCACCACCGUCGACUCCCCCAUCCUGGUGGCCAACAUGACGAGUCGCGGGUCGCCCACCUUCUCCAUCCAGGAUCUGGAGCCGGGCACCACCUACCUGAUCACAGUCUACUCGGGCAAUGGCAAGGGGCGCAGUGUCAAGGCCACCAGCAUUCGAGUGGCUACUCUCGGGCACACGCUGCAUCAGCACCACAGAACCAAUGAAAGUGAAACAGAACUGAUCGAUCCGGUGCUGUGGAUAGCGGUGGCUGGCGGCAUUCUCGCCGUCCUAAUUCUGAUUGUUCUGGUGCUGGUAAUCCGCAGAAAGCGGCAUCGCAGUCAGUUGACACAGGAACGCACCAGCGAACACGAUCUGGCCAAAUCCAGGACCGAACUGCUCACUGUGAUCGGCCCCACAGAAGACGAUCGCAACCCCGAUGUGAUACCCAGUGCAAACGUUGUUGGAUGCACAGUAAAUGCACAAUAUCUACAAGAUAAGUGGGAGGAGCAGAUAGUUGUGAGGGAGCUGCAACCGCAUUUACCCCCCGAUAAGUUACAUCGUAUUUCAACGGAGGAAUUGGCGAAGUCAUUCAGCGGUAGCGCAAGAAGUUUACACGUUUGGCGCGGCGAAUUGCGUAAUGCCGAAACGCAGACUCAACACAAUAGGCAUAAAGAAAGCGCCGUUUAGCAGUUGUAAACACGUAGCAGCAACUUCAACUCUGUGAUAAUAUAAUAAACUUCCAUUCAUGACGAAUUGUUCAGAUAAGAGGAAUGGAGCUCAAUUUACUGCCAUAUCUCACGUUACAUUCGCUGAUGUGCAUUGAUCCGAGACUCAUAUAUCCAGCAUUUAACCUGAUUGAUGUAAAAUAAUGGACAACCCUCUCAAAAUGUAUGAUGAAUUGAUAUGGUUAAUUGGAUGUUUCUUGGAACGUAACCUUUGUUAAAAAGCAUUAUUAACUCAUUCAGAAAUGGCUACCAAUGAACGACAAGUUUUUCAUUCCUCAAUAUGAGUUAUCAAUGUGAUCCAUUUGAGAUUUGUAUUUUUAUAACUGAAUUCAGUUUUUAUUAUUGUAAAAUAAUCACAAAGAAUAUUAAAAAA